UCAACAAAGUCGUCGUCAGUCCAUUAUUCCGUCUCUCUCUGCUAAAAUCAGCACCAAAAAGAUGAAGAAAAAGCCACCGAUGCGGAUCCCAUCGCCGCCCUCUUCCCCUCCCCCCGCAUCGCCAUUAUCCUCUCCCCACGACGACCCUCCGAUGUCCCCCUCCCUCCCCACCGAUCUGCUCAUCAACAUCCUCUCCCGCCUGCCGGUCAAAUCCCUGGGUAAGUUCAAAUCCGUUUCCAAGGAAUGGCUUCAAUUAAUCACCGAUCCUCACCUCAUCUCCGCCCACAGGGAGCUCUCUCUCGCCAAUCCGAACAUAGUCUUAGUGAAAAAGACGCACCUGCCCAAUAAAUGCACUAGGGUUGAUGUCUCCUCCCUCAGCUUCGAUGGGGUUUCGAAAAAUCUUGAUUUCUCGCUGCAUUUAUACGAUUACGAGAACAAUAUUGAGAUGUUGCCUUCGAAAUGGGAUCUGAUUUGCUUUGUGAGUGAUAGCGGGUUCUACGCUUGUAACCCUAGCACGCAGGUGACGAUGAAAUUGCCCGAGGCGAGCUGUUGCACGUCGGGCGAGGUGAAUGCGGGGAUGGGGUAUGUGAAGGAGAGGGGGGAGUAUGUUUUGGUGCAUUUGUUUGAUAGGAGCUUGGACUUACAUGUGGAUUAUGACAUUGGGUGUGAGGUGCUGAGGCUGAGGGACGGGGAGGAUUGCGCGUGGGAGGUGGUGGAUGCGAAUUGUCCGUUUGUGGUGCGUGGUUGGGGGGUUUUGGUGGAGAAUGUGUUCUAUUGGAUGAUUUGGGAUGAGUACAAUCAGCCGGGGGAUGAGGCUAUCGUGUCGUUUGAUUUGGAGAAGGGGGAGUUUGGGACUGUGUCUCCUCCCGAGGGCCGUUUUGAUCCGAAUGGGACGUGGUUUCUGGUGGAGCUAGGAGGGAGGUUGUGCUUGGUGGAUAGUGAGACACGGCCGAUGACUAUGGAUAUAUGGGUGUUGGAAGAUGUUGAGAAUCACAAGUGGGUUCAGGAGUAUAGUAUUUUGAUGAAUGGGUAUACUAGUGACAUGCUGAACUUCAUCGUUCCGUUGGAUUACCGGGACGGGAAGAUUGUGAUGGAUGCGAAGCAGGAGAGUCUUGACUACUACGACGUGAAGAAGAAGCACAUCAAAAGGAUGGACCAUCUGAUUGCUGGGGAGUGGAAUUGGCUUCGGCUUUGCACUGAGAGCUUCUUUUCCUUGAAAAAAUUAAUAGAUAUUGAUGCUUGAUGCCAAAUUUUAGUGGGGCGGGCACUUCAACUGAUGCCUAUAAUCAGGAUUGUUUUCUUGUGUCCUGAUAUUGUCUGGUUCCAAAUUCAAUCCUAAUUGUUAGGGAUUGUUUUUUGGGUUCUUAAGGGAAACCAGACUAUAAUAGUUUUCAAAUGCUUAUUUCUCAUAUUUUCGUUUGGACAAUUAUUCUUGUGGUCUUUGAUAGCCAAGUUGUUAUGCUUUAAGAGUGAUUAGUUGGUGUAUGAUUUAUGAAAGACAUUGUAUUUGACUUGAAUUGUUAUAAUUCUUCCUUUUACA